GCACUGCGCAAGGCAUUGAGGGUUGCCGAAAUCCAAGAGAGACUGAAAAGAUGGCUGCGUUGGUCCAGGGAGUUCGUGGUGCUCUUUCAAUCAGUUCGUGCCUCCUGCGGGUCACCCUUCCGAGGGCCACCCUUGUCGGUCUGCAGCAGAAGGGUAUCCACACGAAACUGUGCGGAGCCAUACCGUCUGCAGCUCUCCUUACAUCCAGAAAUGAGCAGAAGAAUGUCGUGUCCUCGGUCAUCCAAAGGUGGAUGUCCUCCAACCCUGGAGUGAAACCCACAGUUGAUGAGAUCAAGGAGCGCGUUUUGCGUGUGUGCAAAGACUUCGACAAGGUGCACGCAGAAAAGCUUUCCCUGGAAACACAUUUUUUAAAUGACCUUGGGUUGGACUCAUUAGACCACGUUGAAAUCAUCAUGGCCAUGGAGGAUGAAUUUGGUUUUGAAAUCCCCGAUGGUGAUGCGGAAAGACUUCUGAGGCCUGCAGACAUUGUCCGAUACGUGGCCGACAAAGAAGACAUUUAUGAGUGAACCUAACCUUUCUGAGAGACCAAGGAUUGCAUUAUGAAAAUCGCCUGCCAGUUUUCUGAAAAUUUUAUGAGUCACGUUAUUACCUGGCAGGCUAUUUUCGUUUGCCCUUUUGUUAGUAGUAGGCUGUAAUGUAAAUGUAUCAUAAAAAUGAUGAUCCACUGCUGUAUAAAAAGAAUGAACAUGCCACAAAAAAUUGACCUCACUCUUUGGGAAUAAACUUCAAUUCAAUGGUCAUCAGAUUUGUGAUUUUGGAGGGAUGAUAAUAAAAUUGGGCUAAAAUUUUGCUACAAUUGGCAAAUGUUAAAGCAAAGUAAAACAAAAUUCAAUGGUAGCCCAUUCAACGACUUCUCAUUGAUGAAUGCAAUGACUGUUGAAUAAAUAAUGUUACAUUUAUCACUUAA